UCAAAAUCAGCGCGUCCAUGCGUGCUCCGGCAUGGCUACACUUCACGAGGGGGGCGACGAGCCGGGCGCCCGUGGCCACAAGUCUCCCCGGCGAGUCCUCCACCACAAGCUCCCGCGGCAGCUCACUGAUUGCUUCUCGAUUGCGUUGCGUGCUCGAGCUGGCGGGUUAUAUGCGCCACUCGUCGCCCGCUGGAUCUCCCCUCCCCUCGAUCCCUUUGCCUCCUCUUCUUCAUUAUCUUCUUCGUCUUCGUGCGUCCCUUGGCUAGGUGAGGGUGAGUGCGGUUGGAGGGGCCAUGAAGAUCCAGUGCGACGCGUGCGAGGGCGCGGCGGCCACGGUGGUGUGCUGCGCCGACGAGGCGGCGCUGUGCGCGCGUUGCGACGUCGAAAUCCACGCCGCCAACAAGCUCGCCAGCAAGCACCAGCGCCUCCCGCUCGAGGCGCUCUCCGCCAGGCUCCCCCGCUGCGACGUCUGCCAGGAGAAGGCGGCCUUCAUCUUCUGCGUGGAGGACCGGGCGCUCUUCUGCCGGGACUGCGACGAGCCCAUCCACGUCCCCGGCACGCUCUCGGGCAACCACCAGCGCUACCUCGCCACCGGCAUCCGCGUCGGCGCCGCCUCCACCUGCAGCGCCGGCGGCUGCGACGCCCACGACUCCGACCACCACGCCCCGCCCAAGGCCACCGUCGAGCCGCCGCCGCAGCCCGCCGUCUCCGCCGAGGCGCAGCAGGUGCCCUCGCCGCCGCAGUUCCUGCCGCAGGGCUGGGCCGUCGACGAGCUCCUCCAGUUCUCCGACUACGAGUCCGGCGACAAGCUGCAGAAGGAGUCGCCGCUCGGGUUCAAGGAGCUCGAGUGGUUCGCCGACAUCGACCUCUUCCACGACCAGGCGGCGCCCAAGGCCGGCAGGACGUUGGCAGAGGUCCCGGAGCUCUUCGGAUCCCAGGCGGCCAGCGACGCGGCGUACUACAGGCCGAGCAAAGCCGCUGGCGCAGGUGCUGGAGUGCGCCAGAGCAAGAAGGCUAGGAUCGAGGUCACCGACGACGAGGAGGAUUACCUCAUCGUCCCUGAUCUUGGCUGAAAGAAAGAGCGCGAGCGUUUUGUUUCUUCUCAUGUGAUGAUGUCGUAUACCAGAAGAAUACUACUGUGUACAAGCUAGUGUCAUGUGUUGUGCACUUGUGCAUCUGACUGUAGUAUUUGCUCAAUUGUGAACGUGAUAAUCCUAGCCACUUUGUUGCUAUGCUAGUGCCAGUCUGAGAGACACUAUGAUGUUUUUAAUAUAGCAUUUGUCUCAAAAACAGUCGAGACACUUCCACUGAA